AGAAGGCAGAGUCCCACCCCGAGCUCCAGGCCCUGAUCCACAACGUCCAGCAAGAGAACGGUUACACCAGCACGGAUGAGGAGGUCUCAGAGUUCAGCCUGGCCUCAGAUGGGAGCAUCUCCCAGUCUUUCACCAUGAAAGGCUCAGCAAGCCAGGAUGACUUCAAGUUCAAGGGAGAGCCCAAGCUCUCGGGGCAGAUGAAGGCAGUGUCAGCUGAGUGUCUGGGACCCACGCUGGAUGUCUCCACCAAGAACAUCACCAAAUCCUUGGCAUCCCUCAUGGAGAUCAAGGAGGAUGGGAUCAGCUUCUCCAUCCGAGACCCCUAUUCCAAGGAGAAGGUGUCGCGCACCGUCAGCUUGCCCACACGAGGAAGCACCUUUCCCAGGCAGUCUCGUGGCUCAGACACUUCACCUCUGACAAGGAGGAAAUCCUAUGACCGUGGGCAGCCUGCCAGGCCUCCAGACGUUGGCUUCACUCCUCCCUCAUCCCCACCCACCCGUCCACGCAACGACCGCAACGUCUUCUCUCGUCUCACGAGCAACCAGAGCCAGGGGUCUGCCUUGGAUAAGGGCAUCAUCAACCCUGUGGGUGGCACCAAGAACGCCAGGACAGCCCCCCUGCAGUGCGUCUCUGUGGCAGAGGGACACACCAAGCCCGUGCUCUGCCUGGAUGCCACCGACGAGCUGCUGUUCACCGGCUCCAAAG